AUGGGGCUGCACUUGUGCGUGUUAAUGUUGUUGGUGGGAGCGAUGUUGGAUGAGGCGGCGUCGGAACUCCCAAUUCCGCACCAGAAGCAGAUGGAUCCCGUGAUCCCUCCAAGGAUACUGCGUGGCAAAAUAAACUCCUCAAUCAAAGGCGAUGGAUCUAAAAGUGAAUAUGGAAUCGGUCCAAGCGAAACACAAGCACACAUCUUGCGCUCAGCGGUUAAACGAGGAACGAUUGCAAGUGAUACACAGGCUCCAGUCUUCACCGUGGAACUCAGGAACAAAAUGAACCGUGCAACACAAAUCCCAACAUUGGCCGCAGGAAGAGACGGUAUCAAAAUGAGUACUAAACCAUCCUCUCCUCAAGCUACUGCAUUCAAUUUCACCUCCAAACCAGUGAAAUCUGGAAUGCCUCCCAAAUUUACGAAUGUUUCUGCCAAAGCAAAUCUUCACAAAGGCGUAAAUGAUACCACUCGAGCCUCUGUGUAUAAAACACCUCUGAGGGCGUUAUUAAACAGCGGAGGCUUUCACGCAUUGGCCGCAUCUCACCGGUCACCCAAGGCCAAUGAAUUCGAGGUGGCAGACAUAGACACAAAAUUCAAAAUCUCCAAACACAAAGAUGAAUACGAGCGCCCCAUUAUAGCAAACGAUCACGGGGCUCACGGCGAGAAGGAAUAUGCUGGCAAAUCUAAUCAAAAGGCAACGUCUCGGAGCGACGCUCGCCCUUUGGCAGCGGCUUCGCGCGUGCCGGUGCUUGGAGGUGGCGGCAGGGGGCGCCAGCGCUCCGCUGAGCGGCCGCUCCACGCGGAUCGCGAGAGCAGCCAGGGCCCCAGCCACGACCCGACGCUGCACUGGUCCCAGCUCAUCUUGGAUUUCCUGAAAUACCAACGGCGCUUUCGCGGCCGAACCCGCAAAGGGUCGCGGAUGGACGGCGGCGGGCGGUUGGGCCGACGCCACGAGGAGCCCGACGGCACAGCGCGCCGGCAGCUCGGCGGCCCGGGCGGCCACGCGGUGGUGUCGCGAGCGUCGCUUCGACGGCGAGAGCACGAGGCGAGCUGGGAGCGCACCGCCUUGCCGAGGCAAGCGUCGAGGGAAAUCGGCCGCGUGAAUCGCAGGGCGCUGCAGGAGGACCGGAAAGCGCGCAAGAAAGGUCGGGAGGCCAGAAAGGGGCGAAACGGUUGCUUUGGGUUGAAGAUCGACCGCAUCGGAACGUCGACACGACUCGGAUGCUAA